CGGCCGGCAGGGGGAUCGCCGCCGCCGCCGCCUCCGGGAGCGGGCCGAGGGGAGCCGGCCGGGAGCGGGGCCGGGCCGGAGCGGGCCGCAGAUUUUGUGUUCCCCUCGUGCUGGCUGCUCUCCCCACCAUGGCUGCUGGUGAAGAGUUCCCCCCUGCCCUGCAGGACGCGUGGGGGGACUUCUGGCUCUUCCGUUUCUUCGUUAAUGCUGCUGGCUACGCGAGUAUUGUGGUGCCAGGAUUCCUCCUCAUCCAGUACUUCAAGAGAAGGAACUACCUGGAGACAGGCCGAGGCAUUUGCUUCCCUGUCAUCAAGUCAUGCGUGUUCGGCUCCGAGGUGAAGUCUGUACACCCGGACGAUGGCUCCCUGCCGCCCCGAGCAGAGCCCACGGAGUCCUCUACAGCCCGACAGGUCCUGAAGCUGCUCUUCUGUGCUGCUGGUCUGCAGGCCUCCUACCUCACGUGGGGCGUCCUCCAGGAGCGCGUGAUGACGAGGACGUACGGUGCCACCGAAACGGACCCCGGUGAGAAGUUCAAGGACUCCCAGUUCCUCGUGUUCAUGAACCGCAUCCUGGCCUUCACGGUGGCCGGGCUGUACUGCGCCCUGACCAAGCAGCCGCGCCACGGGGCUCCCAUGUACAAGUACUCCUUCGCCUCCCUCUCCAACAUCCUCAGCAGCUGGUGCCAGUACGAGGCGCUCAAAUACAUCAGCUUCCCCACCCAAGUGCUGGCCAAGGCCUCCAAGGUGAUCCCAGUGAUGAUGAUGGGUAAACUGGUGUCCCGCAAGAGUUACGAGUACUGGGAGUACCUGACGGCUGCCCUCAUCUCCGUGGGGGUCAGCAUGUUCCUGCUCUCCAGCGCUCCCAACCGGCACGCCUCCACCGUCACCACUUUCUCGGGCGUAGUGCUCCUGGCCGGCUACAUCAUCUUCGACAGCUUCACCUCCAACUGGCAGGACGCCCUCUUCACCUACAAGAUGUCCCCCGUGCAGAUGAUGUUCGGCGUCAACGUCUUCUCCUGCCUCUUCACGGUGGGCUCGCUGCUGGAGCAGGGCGCCCUGCUGGAGUCGCUGCGCUUCAUGGCUCGCCACUCGGAGUUCACGGCCCACGCCGUGCUGCUGUCGGUGUGCUCCGCCUGCGGCCAGCUCUUCAUCUUCUACACCAUCAACCAGUUCGGCGCGGCCGUCUUCACCAUCAUCAUGACGCUCCGCCAGGCCUUCGCCAUCCUCCUCUCCUGCCUCAUCUACGGGCACACCGUCACCGUCGUGGGCGGGCUGGGCGUAGCCGUCGUCUUCGUGGCGCUCUUCCUCCGCGUCUACGCCCGCAGCCGCAUGAAGAAGCGCAGCAAGAAGCUGCCACCCGGCGAGACCCCCGCGCAGAAGGUCUAGGGAGCUGGGGCCGCGGCCUCCGAGCUGCGCCUGCUGUCCUGCCUCUGCUGGGGGGCACUCGCUUGAUUUCUCGGACCCCGCCGAGGAGCAGGGUGGGGUACGGGUAGGCUGGACCAGUGACUCGCUUUUCCAACUGCUUUUCCUGGGGAAGGGGCUGCAGCGAGCCCAGGCUGCCACAGCUCCAAACCUUUCUCUUUGCCUUAACGGGUCAGAGGCUUCCAGCCGAGGCACAGGCUCACCCCCGGGGGAAAACCAGCGUGGAACUGCCGGUGCGCCUGCCCCGCUUGCGCCUCGUGGCUUCCCUCGCAGGUCACUGAUUGAACAAGGGAGCUCUUUUCCCGGCCCUCUCUUGCCUGCGGCUGACACAUCUCCGUUUCUGUCACUACUACAGAGCUCAGCAGGAGGAAGAAAAACACUAGCUCUGUCUUUGAAACACCUCUACAACGAGGGAAGCGCCGAGCUGAGCCUGUGCCAGGGCUGGGAGCAGUAGGACGGAAGCUCCCAGCCCCUCCAGCCCCCCUUCCCAGGAGGUGCUCCAGGUGGGACAGGCAGGGCUGUGAGGCAGCCUGUCCUACCCCAGGCCUGGGAUCUGCUCUGGGAGAGCUGGAGUCGAAGCCAGGGCCUCCGUUUGGGUUCGUCAGCCCCUCGCCCCAGCUCCAAGUCACUUUUCUUCAUGCCUCCCAGUCCGGGCUGAUGUUUCUGCAGACGGAGGCCGGCCGGCGCAGCUCCCGAGGCUCGCCGAGUUGCUGUAGGUUACUUUUCGGUUACAGCCGCUGCUGUUACAGGCCAAAGGCCGCAGCGCCCAGAACCCCAGCGUCACCUCCAGGCUGGCUCAGUGCAGUGGUUUCUGGGCUGUGUAGUUGCCAUUCAGAGAAGCACAACCACCACCCUCUUCAUUUUUUUUUUCCCCUCCCCCUGCCAGCUGGAGGCAGCUUUGACCCCAACUUUCUUGGGGGUCUUGCCAGAGCCCCCCCCAGUGCCUGGAGGCCUGCGGGAUGGGGCAGGCAGAGCCCGCUGCGCUGCGGUGCCUUGUCCCCGCUCCGCGGGCGAUGGAGCACGCGGGCACCAGCAGCAGGGGAAGGGGCGGGGGGGGCCGCUCCCACCGCUCUUCCCCAGGAGCCCGGCUUUUACUGGCUGACCCUGUUCCUCCCCACGCGACCUGGCUGACAAGCCAGCAGGUUUUGGUACUUUUGAAAGGCAACUUUUUUCUCUAUUUUAUUAAAUUAAAGAUAUGCUGCAUAUAGUA